UACACGCACAAAGGGCAUGCAUUUGCAGCUGUGAACUCUGCGCUCUUAGACUCUGCAAAAGACUCCAUCGUCUAUCGUUUUUGCUCAAGAAAACACCGAAAAAUAUCCGAACAAUGGCAUUCCUGAAUCAUUUUACGGCAGCAUACUGCAAGAAUUUGAAUGGCGACCGGCUUAAUAAGCAGCUGUUUUUCGUUUUACGCGCCUUACACAAGUCAGCAGCCAGCGAAGCUUUGGGGAUCUCCGCGGCUGAGGAAGAGGCCAUGCCUCAAAGAUUGAUCACACCGGCGGUGGUCGACGAGAAAACCAGAAUCAAAACCCUGAAGGAGAUGCCUGGACCCAGCACUCUAUCCAACUUGAUCGAGUUCUUCUGGAGAGACGGGUUUGGCAGAAUUCAUGAAAUUCAGAUGGAGCACACAAAGAAGUUUGGAAAAAUUUUUAAGUCCCGCUUUGGGCCCCAGCUGGUGGUCUCAAUCGCAGACCGUGACAUGGUGGCUCAGGUGCUGAGGGCUGAGGGCAUGGCCCCGCAGAGAGCUAAUAUGGAGUCUUGGAAGGAGUACAGAGACAUGAGAGGCCGUUCCACUGGCCUCAUCUCAGCUGAGGGUGAAGAGUGGCUGAAGAUGCGAAGUGUGCUCAGACAGCUCAUCAUGCGUCCCCGUGAAGUAGCACUCUUCUCUGACGAUGUGAACGAAGUGGUAGAUGACCUUGUCAAGAGAGUUUGUUUUCUGCGUGCCCAGGAGCCUGAUGGAGCAACUGUCCUCAACGUGAAUGACCUCUUCUUCAAAUAUGCCAUGGAAGGUGUGGCAGCCAUUUUGUACGAGUGCCGAUUAGGCUGUUUGGAAAAUGAGAUUCCCCGGGACACUCAAGACUACAUCAGCGCACUGCACCUCAUGUUCAGCUCAUUCAAGACAACCAUGUAUGCCGGGGCGAUCCCCAAGUGGCUCCGACCUAUCAUCCCAAAACCAUGGGAGGAAUUCUGUGUCUCCUGGGAUGGGCUCUUCAAAUUCAGCCUUAUUCACGUUGAUAAGAGGCUCACAGAGAUCAAGGCCCAGCUGGAGAAGGGAGAGGAGGUGAAGGGGGGACUGCUCACACACAUGCUCACUACCAGGGAGAUGAAUAUGGAGGAGAUCUAUGCCAACGUUACGGAGAUGCUACUGGCCGGCGUCGACACGACCUCCUUCACCCUUUCGUGGGCCACCUACCUGUUGGCGCUACACCCUGAUAUACAGCAGCAAAUCUUUAUGGAAGUGACAAAGACACUGGGACCUGGAACAGUCGCCACAGCUGACGAUGUCCCCCGUCUGCCUCUCAUCAGAGGACUGGUCAAAGAGACUCUCAGGCUUUUUCCAGUUCUCCCAGGCAACGGUAGGAUUACCCAGGAUGACUUGGUGGUGGGCGGAUACUUCAUCCCCAAAGGGACUCAGUUAGCCCUCUGCCACUACUCCACAUCUAUGGAUGACGAGUGCUUUGCUGAUGCUUUUGACUUCCGGCCAGAUCGCUGGAUAAGGAAAGACUGCACCGAUCGUGUCGACAACUUUGGCUCUCUUCCCUUUGGCUACGGCAUCAGGAGCUGUGUCGGCAGGAGAAUAGCAGAGUUAGAGAUGCAUCUAGCUCUCACAAGGCUCAUUCAAAAGUUCCGCAUUGAGGCGUCUCCUCUCACUGAUGAUGUUAAGGCCAAAACCCAUGGCCUGCUCUGCCCUGCUGCCCCCAUCCAUCUGCAGUUCAUUGACAGGGAAAACUAGAUGCCGACUCCUCUCUCCAUAAGCUCUACUGUACUGUAUGUUUUUAAAGUGCUGGUUCAUUGUUGGGGGUUUUAAAUACACUGCUUUUAGUCCACUGAUUUUAUAUACCAAGCUCAAACUGAGGUUUUACUCAGGCAAGAAAUGUGUCUCACCUCCUGUUGGUCAGUGAUAAGGACACAAAAAUAGUACUGGACCAGUAAUGUAAAGGUAAAAGCUGUUUCGAAUGUAUAUUAUUUGUACUUAGUAAGCACCACUGCAAUUUGUUUGGACUGUUACUUCUUCCAUUCAUCCUAUUCAAAAUAGUGAGUGGAAAAAUGAACUUUUAUAUAUGUACUUAAUCUGUAUCCUUUUAUGUUGAAGUGCAUUCAUGUAUGUAAUAAUGUGUGCACACACAAUACAUAAUCAAACAGUUUCCUCCCUAAGUUUGAGAAAGCAAGUCACUGAGAAAGGCAACCAUGAAUGUACUGAAAAUUAGCUGCUUUUAGAAAUAUGUAUAUAAUGAGCUUUAUUUGAUGCUUAUCUUUUCUUUUGUGUUGCAAGCCAAAAUAUUUUAGCAGGUUGCUUUUCUCUGGCACCACAAUUUCUUUUUAUCCUUUUUAUUCAGAUCACUAGAGUGGCAUUAUGAUUUUAAUCCAUGUACUGUAUAUCCAUAAAACAUUAAAUACAUAGUUAACAUUUUCAAAAAGAAACACACAUAUAUAUAUAUUUGUAGGAAAUUUGUAGGAAAGGGCUUUUAACCUUUUAAAAGAAAAAAGUAAUUUGCUCAUCCUGUCAGUUAGAACUAAUGAAUGGACCAUUAUAAACUAAAAUCAUCAAAAACCUUGUUGCUCAACUAGUGAAAAUGUAUCUAUUUUUGUUCACACAAUAUGUUGGGAUAAAGAAAAUGUGUUGAGUAUGUUUGGUUUAUGUGCUGUUUUGUGAAUACAUAUUUAAAGUAUUUUACCAGAACAUCAGGUACAUUAUGAUUUUAUUGAGAGUGAUGAUGUAUGUUACAGAAGAGUUUGUUUUAAGGGAAUGGGCCAUUUUGAAAGUUGACACUGUAUGGAGGGAAAAAAAAACUUCAUAAGUCUCUGUAUUUAUCUGAUCCUUUGUCUAGCUGUACCUUUUCAUUGUAGUUAACUUUGUGAAUGUUGUCUUUUGUCAAGAUGUUUGAAUCCGUAUUACUUUUAAAGUGCAAGAAUCAGCAGUGUAUCAAAGGUAGACUAUCACAAAGCCACAGCUUAAUACAUUUAUAAGUACUGUACUGUAUAAGUACAUUUAUAAGUGCAUGAGGUAGAAAUUCUCACUAGUGCACUGAUGUAACUAAUAAAUGAAUAAUGACUCAAAAUAUCAAUCCACCAAACACUGUUCAAAAUGACAAUGAUUUUUGAUUAAAUUCCUUGUGAAAAUCUUGAGGUGUCCAAAAAUACAAAAUGUCAUAUAAAUAGCAUGGACAUUUGUAUAAAAUGAGAGCUAAUACAUCUAAAUAGAUACUAUAUCUUGUAAUAAUAUUUCUAUAAAAAUCAGGUGGCUUUUGAAUCACAA